UCGAGCCUCACGUUAUCGUGCUAAUCUCCGUCAGUCGGUCGAUAUCAGUCGACUCGAACGUAUCAACAGAUACGAGUCUCGCGUUGUUUGUUUUGCUCGCCAUAAAGAUACUUUUUAUUUAUCCUUCUUCGCAUUUUUUCCGCUGCAAUCGAGGAGGAAUCCUCGAAGAAUGUCGACUCGUAUGAUGAGAGGAUUCGUCGCCGGAAGUACGAGUUUUCGGAGAUUGGGCAAUACUUAUCGUUACUCGUCGACCGAAAGCGCAGAUUCAUGCGGAACGUACGAUCUCGUGGUGGUCGGUGGCGGUAUCGUCGGAUGCGCAACCGCCCGAGAAAUGCUCGUCAGACAUCCGCAGAUGAAGAUCGCAAUUGUGGAGAAGGAAAAAGCCCUGGCGAUGCACCAAACCGGACACAACAGCGGCGUUGUUCACGCUGGAAUUUAUUACACUCCCGGCAGCAUAAAGGCAAAACUCUGCGUCGAAGGGCUCAAACUCUCUUACGAGUAUUUCAACAAAAACAACAUUCCUCAUAAGAAAGUAGGGAAACUGAUAGUGGCCCAGACACCCGAACAAGUUGCACGAAUAAGUGACCUCUAUGAUCGUGGCUUGAAGAACAACGUGCCUGAACUCGAGAUCAUCGAAAAGGAGUGUAUACCGGAGUACGAGGCAAAAUGCAAAGGAGAAAAAGCAAUUUGGUCACCGUGGACGGGGAUCGUCGACUGGGGCCUGGUCUGUCGACACUUUGCCGAAGAAUUUCAAAAAAGGGGGGGCAAAGUUUAUCUCAAUUACGAAGUAACCGGAUUCACGGAAAUGACGGAAUCGAAAGGGGGCACGGGGGAGUUCGCUCCAAUCGGUGUGAGGGCAAAGGAUCGGUGCAUCGAGAGCAAGUAUGUUCUGACUUGCGCCGGUCUCCAUUCCGAUCGAUUGGCCGUCAUGACCGGAUGCGACGUCAGCCCUCGCAUAGUACCGUUUCGUGGCGAAUAUCUUCUGCUGAACGAUGACAAGAAGCACCUUUGCAAAACGAACAUUUAUCCGGUGCCUGAUCCGAGAUUUCCUUUCCUCGGUGUUCACUUUACGCCGAGAAUGAGCGGGGACAUCUGGCUGGGACCUAACGCAGUUCUGGCACUGGCCAGAGAGGGUUACAAAUGGACGGACGUCAACUUGAGAGAUUGCAUCGAAAUGGCCAAAUUUCCAGGGCUUUACAAACUCUGCUUCCGGUUUAUCGUCCCUGGAAUGAAAGAGGCGGUUAAAUCGAUAUUUUAUCCUCUCGCGGUUCGAGAUUUACAAAAAUUCAUACCAGAACUCACCUACAAAGACGUUAGAAGGGGCCCCGCCGGUGUAAGAGCUCAGGCGAUGGACAACGACGGUAAGCUCGUCGACGAUUUCGUUUUCGACAGCGGUAACGGAAAUAUAGGCUGCCGGGUGGUGCACUGUCGAAACGCACCCUCCCCAGCUGCGACCAGCAGCAUGGCCAUUGCCAAAUACAUUUCCGACAAGCUCGAGCAAGACUUCCAAUUUUGAUAAUUUCCUAGAACCGUCCUCAAAUUCGUGUUAUUUUGUAAAAAAAAAAUAUUGAGCCAAAAAAAUAUCGAUGUACCGAUAAA